AUGGACGCAAUUCAAGAGCAGUUGGGAGCCCAUCUUCAGAAUUUAUGCCAUCUCAUACUCAACACCACCCACCUUGUCUGCGGUACACUGGCUCUGGCAGUCACUCAGGUCACAAACAUCACCAACCAGGGCAUCAAACAAAGUGUCAACUACAUCGUCGCAGCCGCAAAAGAAACAUACCCACAAAUCAAGCAAGCAUGUAUCCAAUUCACCACUACAAUUAUGGCCUUCGCCUACGAGUAUGGUCCAUGGCUGCAAGAGUCGACAGCUAGUCUCAUGAGAUGCACGAUUGUUCUUGCUCAAGAGUACUUUGGGGAAAUGUUCGUGGUUCAGACCCGUUUCGUCUUGACGGUGGCGAAAGUUGUGAUUGGUUUGAUUCUGCAGAGCCUCAUGGCGGCCGCCACAAUCGCGGAGAAACUGAUUCAUGGCUGUUACGAGUGGCUGGACGAUCCUGACCGUUCCACACUUGGAUAUUUCCUCUGCCUCUUUGUCUUUGUCUAUGUGUUCCUGAUGGCAGUCGGCAUGGUUUAUCGUCGACACGGAUGA